GGCCUUCUUCUAUAAUCGGCCAGUAAAUCUUCCCAAAGGGUGGUGGGCAUUUCCAAAUGUGGUUAUGUUUUUUUUUCUUCCGUCUGGUGGCAGAACGAAGACCAACCGCCCAGACCAACCGCCGGAAGGCCGGCUAACCGCUCCACCCGUCGUCAUCCCGGCUCCGCUCACCUUCCAGGCCCGUUAAGGCCUUUGUCCGUCCUUGUCAGGACUAAGUAGGGCGCGCCCCGUUGGGACAGAGCGGUCACAGCAAGACCCAGAUCUGCGCCGCUCCACGGCCCAAGAAGGUACCAAUCACAGACUGUUCUCCUCUGCGCAGCCUCCUUCUUUGCCACGCCCACCACUUCCCAGCAAGCCUUGCUGCCAACGGCCUUUCUCUUCUCUGCGAUAGUCACUCGGACUGCCGCCAUCUUUAUCGCCUGAGGCGUCGCUGCUGUAGCCUCAAUUGCUGCUCCAGUUGAGUCACUGACUGGUGUCCCUCCUGCCAUGUCUGCCACAGAGGAGCAAAACCCGAUCUUAAGUGGCCAGGACAGAGCUGAUGGCCACACAGGACAGGCCCCCAGACAAGUCGUGUUCCCUGUGGCGCCUGUAGAAGAGUCAAAUGGCGUCACAGGAGCUGCAGCCUUUCGGGCUUCCCAGGUGGUCUUGGAAGCCUUUAGGGAGGAAGAGGGUGGGCAGGAGGUGGCCUGGCCCAAAGUCGAGGAGGCUAGGGAUGGUAAGCAAGCUAAGCAGGAGUACAUUGGGGAGGGACAGGAAGAGGAUGAAGAUGAAGAGAGAAAUGAAGAGGAGCAGGACUGUGAGGAUGAGGAACAGGAUGCUGAGAAUGUAGUGGAAGACCAGGUUGUGGAGGUAAAGGAGGAAGGUGCCAAAGUCAUUCUGGAUGGCCGUGAGUUCUCUGUGGCGGAGUUUCAUUCCCUAUUUCGAGACUUGGUCCAUUCCCUUCUACACCGUCUCUAUCAUAACAAGCGUGUCCUCGUCCGGCCCAACACUGGCCGCCUGGUGGUCAGGCAUGGUGCCAGGGAACCAGAAAACCCGAGAGAGGGACCCACUCCCCAGGAGGGCGAAGGCAUGGUAGAGGGAGCAGAGAACUUGGAGGGUGAAUACCCAGCAGAGGGCACCAGAGUGCCUGAGGAAUCUGCAGAGGGGUCCGCAUCCCAGAAGUCAGAGAAAAGUGAUGAAGCCAAGUUCCAGAAGGAGGAGUCCCUCACUAAUGCAGCACCGUUCUAUGAGAUGGGGGCCAGUGCGUUUGACGGAGCUGAGGCCUGCAAGUGGCAGCAAAGUCAUCCAACCCUUGCAGCCUCUGUUGGUGCAUCUGUCUCACUUGCAGGCCGUGCUCAGUGCCUGUCUGCAGUGGUUAAGCAGCAGGUCAGUGCUCUCAAGAAACUCCAGGUAGAAUAUGCACAAGUAGAAGCCCAAUUCUAUAAAGACCUUUACAGUCUUGAGAAAAAGUAUUUUGCCUUCAAUCAGUCUCUGUUUGAUAAGAGAUGUGAGAUCAUCAAUGCAGUGUAUGAGCCCACAGAAGGUGAAUGUCAGUGGGAAGGAGGUGUUCAGGAAGCAGCUAGGGAGGAAAUGGAAAAAAAGCAUGAAAGCAAAGGGCAAACAGAUGGCAUACCUCGCUUUUGGUUGACAGCUUUUAAAAAUGCAAAGAUUCUUGAUAGGAUGAUUGGUGAAAAUGAUGAACUUAUACUAGAGCACUUGAAAGAUGUAAAAGUUAAAUUUUCAGGAGUUGAGGAACCAAUGAGCUUCACCAUAGAAUUUGUCUUUAAGUCAAACGAAUACUUCUUCAAUGAAGUUCUGACGAAAACAUACCAAAUGCAAUCAGAACCAGAUAAUUCCAAUCCCUUCUUGUCCCUAGGGCCAAAAAUCAUCAGCAGCACAGGGUGUGAGAUCUACUGGAAAGAGGGGAAAAAUGUCAUUGUGAAUACUGUCAAACAGCAGAAAUGUGAGGGCCAUGGAAGUGUUGUACCAACCAGUAGGAAUGUGCCGAGAGGUUCUUUUUUUACCUACUUCUAUCCUCCUGAGAGUGGAGUACUGAAUUCCACUACUGAUUAUAAAUUGGGAUAUUUUUUCCGUAAAGUUCUUGUUCCAAAGGCCAUAUUAUUCUUUAUUAAUGAAGCAUCUGAAUAUAUGUUCAAAAACUUUGAUGAGGAGGCCCAAGAAGCCAGAAGUGAGGAGGAGAAAGGAGAGGAUGAAAAUGAAGAACUAGAAGAACAACCUGAAACAGAUUUAGACCCAGUAGAGGCUGGCCUGGGAGAACCAAGUUCGAUGGCAUAGAAAGACAUGGAUGAAGUGAGAAACUAUGAAUUUAUUCUUCAAGGACUUGAGAUUCUCUGAUUUUCAGUAGCACAUGGGAAUUUUAUGAACACUGGUUUUGUUCCAAAGUUCAUCACCCAAAAAGUCAGAUCCACUGAUAGCUGGCUCUUCUCCUGUGUUUUAGGUGACAAUAUAUCUGACAGUAAUUGUUCAAGUUAAAAAUAAAAGUUUUUUUAAAUGAA